AUGUGCCUCAACAUUGUCGACCCGGCGCUCUACGCGGGCCUCGAUACCGCCGACGAUAUCGUCGUCUUCCUCCACAGCGCGCCUGGACGCUCCGAUCGCCGCUCCUCAGCGUUCGUUGGCGAAACCUUCCCGAACCGCGUACAAAAGCGCAUGCCAAAGUCGUUGCGUCCCCUGUUUCCCGCGGCCAACGAGGUCGUCUUGUGCCGACGUACGUGGGUUGAAAGCGACCACCGCACCACGUUCGUGUCGCAUCAAGUGCUCUGUCAAGUGCAGGCGUUCGACUUCCACGACGUCGUCGACGUCGAGGCCGUGCUCCAGUGCUUCGAGAGAUUCGAUCGCGUCAACUUGGUCGUCGACACCCUCCUCACGCACACCGAGGUGGUGUUGCGGUCGUCGGUGGCACAUCGCUUGCGCCUCCGCGCGCGUAAUGCGUCGCAACCCAGUGCGCUCAAGGUGCUCUCAUGGUUCUUUAUCAACGAGAGCACGGGCGGCAUCCUUUCGACCACCGACGUGUUUUGCAGCAAGACGAUGCCUUCGAUGCCUCUCUCCACGGCACGCGGCUGGGCAUGCUACCGCCCAAGUGAGACCGAGGCGGUCGCUGCUGCAGUCGCGGCCAACGAUGCCCGCCAAGCCAUGGUCGAUGCCUCACUGCAUUUUCAGUAG